CCCGCUCCAUGGCUUCUGGAGGUGGUGUCCCUACUGAUGAGGAGCAGGCUACCGGGCUGGAGAGGGAGAUCAUGAUAGCAGCACAGAAGGGACUGGAUCAAUUCAAUAUGCUACCUCCAAAGGCAGCUUCGGGCACCAAGGAAGAGCCUAAUCUAGUCCCAUCCAUUAGCAACAAGAGAAUAGUGGGCUGCAUCUGUGAAGAGGACAACUGCACUGUCAUCUGGUUCUGGCUGCACAAAGACGAGAGCCAGCGAUGCCCCAACUAUGGAAAACAUUACAAGCUGGUGCCCCACCAAAUGGCCCACUGAGCCCACCCCUGGUUUAACAUUUCAGAAUGUAAAAGAAAACUUCUCUCUAAUAAAGACUAGUC